AUGGAGAACCAAACAGAGGUGAGCGAAUUCAUCUUGAUGGGCCUUACCAAUCUCUGGGAGCUUCAGCGUACACUCUUUGCUAUCUUCCUGCUGAUGUAUUUGGCCAGCCUAGUAGGGAAUGGAGCUAUUGUUGUAGUUGCAAUAGCUGAACCAAAGCUUCAUACUCCAAUGUAUUUUUUUCUUGGGCACCUUUCUUGCCUUGACAUCUUGUAUUCCACAGUCACUGUUCCGAAGAUGCUAGCUGGUUUUCUGUCAGAAAUACAAAUCAUUUCUUUCGGUGGAUGCAUGGCCCAACUCCAUUUUUUUCAUUUCUUAGGAAGCAGUGAAGUAAUUCUUCUUGGAGUCAUGGCAUUUGACCGCUAUGUUGCAAUAUGCAACCCCUUGCAUUAUACCACAGUAAUGCGUAAGCAGGUCUGCUGGCUGUUGGCAGCAGCCACUUGGUCCACUGGCUUUUUCCAUGCCCUGAUGCAUGUAGUGGCGACUGCCCGUCUCUCCUUCUGUGGACCUAACCACAUUGAGCACUUUUUUUGUGACAUCAAGCCAUUGCUGAAAUUGGCCUGUGGCAGUACACACCUCAACCUCAUGCUCCUCAGUACUGUCACCAGCUGCAUUGCUAUGGGUCCUUUCAUCAUCACACUUCUGUCCUACUUCUACAUUAUCACCUUCCUUCUCUUCAAAGUGCAAUCUCGAGGUGGUCGACAGAAAGCCUUCUCAACCUGCGGAUCCCACCUGAUGGUGGUGGCUUUGCUCUAUGUGCCAGUGUUGUUUAACUAUAUGCUCCCUUCUGUUGGAAAUGCAUCUCAAAGGGACAUGAUGGUAACCCUAAUAUAUAGUGCAAUUACCCCUGUUUUGAACCCACUUAUCUAUACACUGAGGAACCAGGAGGUCAAAACUGCCUUGCAGAAGAUUGUGGGUGGACAUAUUUUCACAUUUCACUGA